UUUAUCUCUCUUAAAAGUCCUCUCUCAGGUUCUUGGUCAAAAGGUGAGGGAGAAUAGAGGAGAUUUAGGUGACAUACAAACGAAAAAACUUUGCAAGACUUCCUUUAAAGCUUGGGUGCCAACUAUAAAAAGAGAGGGUGCAAACAGAAGACGGUUUUGCCAUUAAUGUCUGCUUUUGGAUCUUUUUGCUGGGUGUUCUGCAUAGCGUGAGGAGAGAGAGCCGGGGUGGAGGAUGGUCAGGGCCUUCAUAAGGGCUUCAGGCGGGGCUCUGCUGGAGAAGAAGACCACCACCACCAUCAUCAAGCACCUGAGCUCCCCCAGGGUCUCCGGAGCGCCUCACCGCCGACGAUGAUGCCUGCCUCUUCCACCAUGAGCAAGGAAUCAGCAAGCUACGACAUGGCGGAAUUCGACCAAUCAGCAAUUUUUCUCUACCUGGAUGGCCAUGAUCAAGAACAACGGCAGACUCUGAACAUCUUCCCAUCGCAGCCGAUGCAUGUGGCCGAGCCAAUUCCUGCCAAGGGUGUUAGCAUGGGCAUGGUGGCAGCCAUGAUGCCCAAUGGUAACUCUUCUUCUCCCAGGAGACAAGAAGAAGGUGGCCAGAGGAGUGCUCCUCCUCCUCCUGCCCCUGCUGUGCCCUUGCCUAACUCAGCCAAGGAGAACAGGAGUAGUCUCACUAAGAAGGAAGCAACUAGCGGUGGGAAGGGUGCAACAUCUGGCGAUCAGGAGAGAGUGAGAGACCCCAAGACACUGAGGCGGCUUGCACAGAAUAGAGAGGCAGCUAGGAAGAGCAGACUUAGGAAGAAGGCUUAUAUCCAACAGUUGGAGACAAGUAGGAUCAGGCUAAGCCAGCUUGAACAACAAGUUCAAGUAGCAAGAGUACAGGGUGUCUUCUUGGGCGCCGGCGAGCAGCCAGCUGGUUUUCCUUCUGCCCCUUCCCCUGCAGCUGCGGUAUUUGACAUGGAGUAUGGGAGAUGGGUCGAAGAACACAGCAAACUGAUGUUCCAGCUCAGGGCUGCGCUGAAUGAGCACAUGGCGGAUGAACAGCUGCAGGCCUUCGUCAAUGGUGCAAUGGCACAGCACGAGGAGCUGCUGAACCUCAAAGGUGCCAUGGCCAGGGCUGAUGUCUUCCACCUCCUGUCUGGAGUGUGGGCAAGCCCUGCUGAGCGUUGCUUCCUUUGGUUGGGAGGCUUUCGCCCCUCGGAGGUUAUAAAGGUGAUGCUGAAGCAUGUGGAACCGCUGUCAGAGGGUCAGAUCCUUGGCAUAUACAACCUUCAGCAGUCAGUGCAGGAGAGGGAGGAGGCUCUCAACCACACCAUGGAAGCCACCCAGCAGAGCAUCUCCGACAUUGUCGCUGCCCCCGAUGUCGCCCCCGCCACCUUCAUGGGCCACAUGUCCCUUGCCAUGAACAAGGUGGCGUCUAUGGAGAGCUUCGUCCUGCAGGCAGAUGGCCUAAGGCAGCAGACCCUCCACAAGCUCCACCACAUCCUGACCACUCGUCAGGCUGCUCGGUGCAUGGUGGCGAUCGCCGACUACUUCCACCGCCUUCGCGCGCUCAGCACGCUCUGGGUUGCAAGGCCGAGGCAGGAGGAUGGGCCAGGACUGUAGAUGAAGCUUACCAAAUAAAACGGGGAAGAAGAAGUACAAUAAUGCAUGCAUGUGCAAGUUUAAUUGUUCUUCUUCUUCUUGAAAGCAUGCAAGCUAGAUUAGUUCCGAGAGAAAGCAAUGCAUGCAAGAACUAAUUGAUCUAAUUUAAAGACUAGUGUAAGGUCGAUUAGUUUGAUCUGGUAAAAUGCGCACUGAAGAGUGGAUUGUUCUUCAGGUGUGUGACUUUCAACUUUUUAAGGUGUACAUACAGUGUUAGGGGCAGAGAAAGUAGGGAGUAAGAAUAGUAUUGGAGACUUUGGACUCCCUUUUGUUCCUAACUUAUGCACCAACUGUUGAACUUAACCAAGAACAUCAUUGGUUUGGCCGGGGCA